GGGGAAUAUAUUUUUGCCUUGAAAGGUCUUCAGCAUGCAACGUUCUGCAGUGCAGUAUGUGAGAAGUUCUGUGACCUCUAUUGGGAAGAUCGUCUUCUGGAAAACCUGUACAGGAUUAUCAAUGGGAAAUCCCCCCCUCCUAACAGAAAAGCCGUGAUCGAUUCUUCUCAGGACAAUAGCCCCUCGCAACUUCUAAAAAGGAUCCAGAAAAAAGGCAGAAAAAACACAGAAGACAUGAAAAGUUGUCCACAAAUGAGCAGAGCAACAUAUCAGAUGGGGAUGAAGACAAAACUAGAGCUACGCCAAUGAUUUUAGAACAAGAGGCCAAGCCACCACAGUCACUUCCUACAACAGAUGAAAGGACUCCUAUGAUGAACAACUUGACAGGUUCUGAGACGCAGGUGGCAGCUGGCACAGAGACUCACACUUCAUUUGAUGAGACAGAUAUGACUGAUUUCCAACCACAGACCACUGAAAAGGAUCAACAACCACAGAGCCUGCGGGCGGCAGCAGAGAAUGAAGAGGAAUUUAUGUACAGAGUGUUCUCUGAUUGUAACAGUUUGUGUGUGAGUCCUGAUUUCACUGAGAACGAAGAUGCCAAUGAGUCGUCGUCGGUGAAUCAG